AUGCUUAAGAAAAAGCCAUUUCCCAACAAAACGCCACAAUUCUGUUUAAUCGGUGUUUUCCUAAUAUCUUGGUGUCUACCGAAUGCUCGAGCUAUUAUCGGCAAUAAAACCACAUUAACUUCCGCCUCACCAUCAGCCUCAUCUGCAAAUGCAAAAAUUCGUACUGUUCUACGUCUAUACGAUGAUUGCACACAGGCCACAGACGGCAUUGUUGCGUGCCUUAAAAGAAAGGCUAUAUCCUUUCUUGAACGUAUUUAUAAUGUCGAUGUAUUGACAAUAGCUGACGGUGUGAAAUUUGUCCGGCUACCUACAGCAAAAGCAUUACGUUCAGCAUUCAAUGAAAAUGACUUCAACUCCUCAUUAUCGCGAUCGUCAAGAGAUCGCGAUUGGAAAUUAACGCAAAUGUUGAUGGACCGUUUACGAUAUUAUUUUGAAGGUCAUUCGUUGCAAGUCAAGUUACCGCCACUCACAACAACACAAGUUAGUCGGGGAUUAGAGGAAGGUCGUGCUAAAAUGAAGAAGAUGAUGAGCAUGCUAAUGAUCGGCGUCGCCACAAAAAUGAUGAGCAUGAUACCGAUUGCGAUGGGAAUGUUAUACAUUUUAGCCGGGAAGGCUUUGAUUGUCUCUAAAAUAGCUUUACUGCUCUCGGGUAUAAUGGUUAUAAAGAAAUUGAUGUCCAGUAAAGGAGGUUCUUCCGGUGGAGGAUCUUCAGGCGGCUGGCCAUCGGGAAACGGUAAUGGAGGUGGUGGCUAUGGUUGGCCAUCAUCCGGCGGUGGCGGCGGUGGCGGUGGUGGCGGUUGGGAUCGACGUUCCAUUAAUGAGGUAGCGGCCCAAGAUAUCGCUUAUCGUAGCUACAGUCGACCAUAUCAAAGUCAACAAAAAUCGCAGCAACUUAAGCAGCAGCAAUUAAAACAAAUGCAACAUAAGCAGCAGAAGCCAAAAAAAUAACUUUUAAUGAUCAGCUCUUAGACGCGCUAUUUUCGAUAUGUAAAAUAACAAGCAAAACUUGUUGUUCAACACUAAGUAUUAAGUAUUAAUAACUAAUUAGUUUACCUUUUAGAUAAUGUUUUAUUAUUUAUUAUUAAAAAAAGAUCUAAGAUUUAAUUUAUUUAUUUUUUUAACUGUAUAUGAUUUUUAAUUUACGUUUACCAUUUUCAUUUUACUUUUUUGUGAUUAAACAUUAACGUUAUUAUGAAUCAAAAUGAUUCGUAUGAAUCGAACCGAUUCUUUUUUUCGAUUCUUUUUCGAUUCGCUUAUAUUGUUGAGAUAUGCACAAAUUCGCCUAAAACUUCGUAUAACUUAAUGUCAAUACAAUCUAUUGCAAGUAGAUAGACAUAACCCAUAAUCCAUAUUCAUGCAAAGGCAUAUAUAUAUAUAUAUAUGUGUUGUUACGUUUGUGUGCUUAUAUUAGGCUGUGUCACUUACGCAACAACGAAAUGAACA